UCCAGUUGCGAUGUUCAAGCCAAGAUGUUACCUCUCCUGAAACAGAACUAGAGACUCUAUUCAUCUUGACACCCUCCAGGGAACAAAAACCAAACAAUCAUCCUCCAAAUACACCAGAAGACCAACAACAGUAAGGAAUGCACCUUCGGUAACCUAUGCGAAAAGCCACAGGAGCUGAACAGGCUUGACAUCUGAUCACGCUACAAGAUGGAUGGAGGCAGUAUAGCAUCAUGGUUAAUCAUGCAGGCAUUGCCCAGAGAGAUCUAGGACUCAUUUCUCACAGGAGCUCUGAGUGCCUGAAGCAAAGGAACAAGGAAGGGAGAUCUUUUCCAUCAUGAUCGGGUUCUGCUUUGACUUGGCGAGUCUGCGUGCUGGUGGCAGGGGAAAUGGAGAGAGGAAAGAAGAAUGCUUCUCUUAUCCUUUGCUCAAGCCUGGAGCUGCUGGGGCUUUAAGUAUGAAGGCAGCCCAGCCCCAACCGCCCAGCUCCCAGUUGCCGCCUGCUCCUCAGACCUGCCGGAAUCAGAAGGUGCUUAUGCUCAACGAUUGGUGCACUGCCUGUUCUCAUCUCCCCCCCCCCCCCCAUGAGCCUCGGUUCUGAUGCAACCUAUGGUCAUGCAGGGAUGCCCUUACACCCUCCCACGAUGUCAUGAGUGGCAGGCAGCUGACGACAUCAAUCACAGCAGCAGCCUUCGAAGCACCUGCCCCCAGCCUCAGGUUAGAGCUGCUGCCACCACCCCUGCACCUCCUCACGAUGGUGCUGGGGUGCCCUGCCUAAGCCCAAAGCUAUUCAACGGGUCUGUUGGUGCCGCUGGACCCCUGGAACUACCAGCCAUGAAUCUGUGUUGGAAUGAAAUAAAAAAGAAGUCGCACAACCUCCGCGCCCGCCUAGAGGCCUUCUCAGAUCACAGUGGAAAGCUUCAGCUCCCUCUCCAAGAGAUUAUUGACUGGCUCAGCCAAAAGGAUGAGGAAUUGUCAGCUCAGCUGCCCCUACAAGGGGAUGUGGCCCUGGUGCAACAGGAGAAGGAGACGCACGCGGCCUUUAUGGAAGAUGUCAAGUCUCGGGGCCCCUAUAUCUACUCUGUGCUGGAGUCAGCUCAGGCCUUCCUGUCCCAGCACCCAUUUGAUGAAUUAGAGGAGCCUCGUUCUGAAAGCAAAGAUACCUCUCCCAGACAGCGGAUCCAGAAUCUUAGUCGCUUUGUGUGGAAGCAGGCAACGGUGGCCAGUGAACUAUGGGAGAAGCUGACAGCCCGCUGCAUGGACCAGCACCGCCACAUUGAGCGGACUCUGGAGCAGCUGUUGGAGAUCCAAGGGGCAAUGGAGGAAUUAAGUGCAACUCUGACCCAGGCCGAGGGAGUCCGAGCCACUUGGGAACCCAUUGGGGAUCUCUUCAUUGAUUCACUUCCUGAGCACAUCCAGGCUCUUAAGCUAUUCAAAGAAGAAUUCUCCCCCAUGAAAGAUGGAGUGAAGUUGGUGAAUGAUCUGGCCCAUCAACUUGCCAUUUCUGAUGUGCACUUGUCAAUGGAGAACUCCCGGGCCCUGGAGCAGAUCAACAUCCGGUGGAAACAGCUACAGGUGUCAGUUGGUGAGAGACUUAAGCAGCUCCAGGAUGCCCACCGGGACUUUGGGCCUGGGUCACAGCACUUCCUCUCCUCCUCUGUUCAGGUUCCCUGGGAAAGAGCAAUUUCACCCAAUAAAGUUCCCUACUACAUCAACCACCAGGCUCAGACCACGUGCUGGGACCAUCCCAAGAUGACCGAGUUAUACCAAACCCUAGCUGAUCUGAACAACAUUAAGUUCUCAGCUUACCGCACUGCCAUGAAACUACGCAGAGUACAGAAGGCACUGCGCUUGGACCUGGUAACUUUAACCACAGCCCUAGAGAUCUUCAGUGAGCAUGAUCUGCAAGCCAGUGAGCAUGUGAUGGAUGUGGUGGAGGUCAUUCACUGCCUGACUGCCUUAUAUGAACGGCUGGAGGAGGAAAGAGGUAUCCUGGUCAACGUACCACUCUGUGUGGACAUGAGCCUCAACUGGCUCCUCAAUGUUUUUGAUAGUGGUCGCAGUGGAAAAAUGCGGGCAUUGUCCUUUAAGACUGGCAUUGCAUGCCUGUGUGGCACAGAAGUCAAGGAAAAACUGCAGUACCUCUUCAGCCAAGUGGCCAACUCAGGCAGCCAGUGUGACCAACGCCACCUUGGUGUCCUGCUUCAUGAGGCCAUUCAGGUGCCCCGUCAGCUGGGGGAAGUGGCAGCCUUUGGGGGCAGCAACGUGGAACCCAGCGUCCGUAGUUGCUUCCGUUUUAGCACUGGGAAGCCAGUCAUUGAAGCUUCACAGUUCCUGGAAUGGGUUAACUUGGAGCCCCAAUCCAUGGUGUGGCUGGCUGUUCUGCAUCGGGUCACCAUUGCUGAACAAGUAAAGCAUCAGACCAAGUGCUCUAUCUGUAGACAGUGCCCCAUCAAGGGCUUCAGGUACCGGAGUCUGAAACAAUUUAACGUGGACAUCUGCCAGACCUGUUUCCUGACUGGCAGGGCCAGCAAGGGCAACAAGCUUCAUUACCCCAUCAUGGAGUAUUACACCCCGACCACAUCCAGUGAGAACAUGAGGGACUUUGCCACUACCUUAAAGAACAAGUUCCGCUCAAAGCAUUAUUUCAGCAAACACCCUCAGCGAGGUUACCUGCCUGUGCAAUCAGUGCUGGAGGCUGACUACAGUGAGACGCCAGCUUCUUCCCCGAUGUUGCCACAUGCUGACACACACUCCCGCAUUGAGCAUUUUGCCAGCAGGCUUGCUGAGAUGGAAAGUCAGAAUUGCUCCUUCUUUAAUGACAGCCUAUCCCCAGAUGACAGCAUAGACGAAGACCAGUACUUGCUGCGGCACUCCAGCCCCAUUACAGACCGGGAGCCAGCCUUCGGACAGCAAGCUCCGUGCAGCAUGGCCACCGAAAGCAAGGGGGAGCUUGAAAAAAUCCUGGCCCACUUAGAGGAUGAGAACCGGAUUCUCCAGGGAGAGCUGAGGCGCCUGAAGUGGCAGCACGAGGAGGCCGCUGAGGCACCCACCCUAGCUGAGGGCUCUGCCGAGGUGGCACAGGACCACCGCAAUGAGGAGCUGCUGGCUGAGGCCCGGAUCCUUCGGCAGCACAAGAGCCGCCUGGAGACACGCAUGCAGAUUCUUGAAGACCACAACAAGCAACUCGAAUCCCAGCUGCAGCGCUUAAGGGAGCUGCUCCUGCAGCCACCUACCGAAUCCGAAGGCAAUGGCUCUGCAGGCUCGUCCCUGGCUUCCUCUCCACAGCAGUCAGAAAGCAGUCACCUCCAGGAGAAGGGACAGACUACUCCAGACACUGAAGCUGCAGAUGAUGUGGGGUCAAAGAGCCAAGAUGUCAGCCUGUGCUUGGAGGACAUCAUGGAGAAGCUCCGCCAUGCCUUCCCCAGUGUGCGAAGUUCUGAUGUGACUGCCAACACCCUGCUGGCCUCUUGAUGGAACCAGAUCCCUAUCCUAUAGUCCAUGGUCCUCUCCCGGUUCUGGUCAAAGCCUUCCCUCAGCCUUCACCCAACCUUUCCAGUCCCCACUGGCCCCACAUUCCUCAGCCGGAGUCAUUUGGGCUCCAGGCAGCAGCAGGGAUUUGAUGGUAUGCGAGGUGGGUGUGUGGGGGCCAGGAGAGGGAGAAGCAUGAUUCCUCUGACUGUAGAAAUGUGCCCUUUAACCUUCAAGUUUGAGACCAGUCCCUUAAGUACGAUUCUGUUGCAGCCCAGGCUAAUGGCACUUGGAGGCCAUUCAGCUGGGGAACAGAGAAGCUGCCUUGCAGAGUGAAGCAGUGCCCAUUGGCCCCUUUCCAUUCUCCAUAGAAUGGUGGAGAUGGGGGAGCCUAAUGACCCCAGGGCUCCAGCGUUAUGAGUACACAGAACUUAGCCCUACCCUCUGGCCCAACACAGGGAGGCAAAAGCAUAUUCUGAAGACACUCCUGUCCCCCCAAAUAUCUGGGCAACAUGUAUCAUAUAACUUCAGCUCAAGGGCAUAGCUCUAGUCAUCCCCAUGCUACCUAGAUGUUUCCUCCUUGAAUAUUUUCAGUUCCUUCUGCCUCAGUCUCUGGCAGACCUUUCUCAAGGGGGGGCCAGUUCAUUCAGGUUCCUAUUUUCACCAUACAUUGGGAAACACUCGAGAAAUACUUAUGGGCUUAGAUAUUUCUCCGGAUCCUCCUCUUUCCUGAAAGCCUCAGCAUCCUGAGAGACCAGCUGAGUUGCUCUGGGAACCCAGCUGAAACCACCCUUGGCUCUUCUGAGUUGGCCUUCACAGCCCUGGGGAAAGGCCAGUAGCUGCUCAGCAGGGGGGUCUUCUCCUUGGGUGAGGAAGGGGAAGCCACCCUCUAGACUGGAGGAGCAUGGCUACCCAACACCCUUGCAGGCUGUGACCCUUCUUUCUCUUAGAUGAGGUGUCUGAUAUCCCCCAGCUAAUCAGAAGGCAGAUGCAACUGGCCACACUGAAUAGCGGCCCUUUUCUAGGACCCAUAGGCCACAGAUCAGGAAGGUGGCCACUUUCCACACAGACAACAGCAAGGCCCUCCUUUGCAUAAAACCAUUCUUUCUAACUCUGGAAGAUGAACCCAAUCCUCAAACUGAGCUAACUCUUCCUAGGGAACAUGUACCAUGAUCCCUUUAUCCCGAAACUGUUCAGAGUAGAUAGUGAGAGGGUGGGGGGUUGGGGGGAUUGGGCCUGGGAACUUUGAACAGAGUUAGAGCCCACUUAGGCAGCUUUCUAUCAAAAGGAGCUUCAUAACUUAGAACCCUGCAAUUGACUUAAUUUGCCUAAGUUUAUAUACAUACAUACCUAUCCUACAUAUCUACUGUACAUCAGUAUUCCCCUAGCCUCACUCACACAUUAAAUUCUAAUACCUCUUGAAGUAUUAAUGUUCUGCCUUGCUCUUUGUUAGUCCCAGCCUCUGGUUGGACAGAGAGAUGCCUCCUGGCUGCUCCUGUAGGAUGUCUCUCCAUUCAUAUUUGAGGUGAGCCGUCCUCAAGACCAAAGCAACAGAAGCCUGUGGCCACAGAGGAAUCUAACAAAAAGAGUCACUCUGUUCUCUUCAUUCAUUCCAAAUCUUGUUCCCUGGAGACCUGGGCCUUGGGUGAAUUUUCCUGGGCUCCUCUAAACAAUGGUUCAGGGGCCAAAAUAGAGCAAAUCCAAGCUCUACUCACCCCAUGCAGAAAGGGAGGAACAAAUAGCCAGGCUAAGACACAGAGUACAUCCUCUUGCCCCUUCCAGUUUCUAAGUCUGGCUCAGGGCCUUAAAGAAAGUAGCAGUUGCUGCCAAGGUCAGGAGGGUGUGAGAUGGUUGGGGUGCACUCUUAUAAUCAAGCAGUAGGCCAGUGGGUAGAACUGCUGGGAAGCUAGAUUUAUCUACUGCAGGGCAGGGGAGGCAGUGGCUUGGGUCCAGAAGCCUAGAAUUGCCUCCUUCUAGAAUCACCAGGGGGCACUAAGCCACAGGUUCAGGGUGUCAGACUUCAUCAGGACAUCUGCCUUAGUGCUCAUGAGGUCUCUGGGCAGGGGAACUGGUGAUGUAUGGUAAACAGGUGGCAGGUGGGCAUGAAACACAGAGGCUGGACAUCAGUUACUAGGGUUGGGGGAGAGCUAUAUUUGUAGGAGCCUAGAUUGUAGGUAGGAAUAGGAUAGAAGAAAUUUGCUAUAGGACAGAGAGCUCAGGGUCUUUGAGGCAUAUGCCUGCCUAAGCCUGAAGAGGGCAGAUGUUAUGAAACAAUGUUACCAGGAAAGUCCUGGAAAAUCCUUUUUGUAACUGCCACUCCACCUGAGAGAUCUUGGGCUGUUGAGGGCCUGUGGCAACUGCAGUGGGCCAUGGUAGAGAAGAUGUAGAUCUCGUUAUGUAGGAUUUGUGCUGUAGGUAGACUGAAGCAGUAAGUUAAGAGUUGAAUUCUCAGUAACGGGGUCACGGACACUUUGUGGUCCUGUGUUUACCUUGUUGCCCGAGGUGAGUAUGUCACUUGCGUGUCCAGUGAUAGUCACUGCAGCAUGUGUGGGCAGUUUGCCCGCAGUGAGGUAAAUGGAUCUUUGGGCACUGUGAAUUCAAAUUAAGGUGGGAUUUACUGAGAUGUGUUGCAUGUUGUUAGGCAUCUGUCGUGUAUCUUGUCUUCUAGAGGUAUUGUGUGUGAAGCUGUAUAGUUUAUGGCCCCAUACUGGAAAGGUGGUGAAGGGAGUUGCUGGGUAGGCAACCUAACAAAAACCUCUGACUUGUGGGAUUAGCAUCAGCGAUAAGGAAUGUGAGUGUUUGCUGGAGUUGUUGUCAAAUAUUAUCAGGGAACAGUUAGUACUGAUAGGUGAUGUAUUCUUGGCAGAAUCUGAUAGAGGCCAAAAAGCCAUUAUGAGGGUGCCUCUGCUUCUAGUGAGAGCAGAGUGGAGUCAGGUUGACUGGGAAAUUAUUAAGGAAGGCUGACUGGCUGGAGGACAUCAAGAUGUUUGUUGUAUGGUUCCCUAGAGAGUGUCCUACCCAGGAGGAUAUGUGCCCUUCUCUCCAGACUGGAAAGGCCCGUAAAUGCCCAUUUCCUUCAAGGUCCAAAGUUUUGGAGAUAUUUCCUUGUAGAGAAACCUGUUUGAGUUUGUUGUACUUUAGGAGCUGUGCUGGCAGGCCAUGGUAAUAAGAAAGCCUGAGGCCAAGCAGAGGCCAAUCCUGGGAGAUGGUUUCCUUCCUGAUGAAUUUUAAGGAAUACCCAUGAUGCUUGAGGUGUGUGUUUGGGAUCUGGGCUCCAUAUUCAGCUUCAGGCUAGAGCAUUCCUUGAAGAGGCAUUCUCAAUGGCAGACUCACGGCCUCUGAGACCAUUUCAGGCCAAGACUCUUAUCAAAGUUCCUUUAACUUAGGUGACAGAUAACUAAGAAAGUAGCUGCUCUAAGAUGAACAAUCCUGAAGGAGAAAAUGGGGGCCCUGCGGGCUGUGGAGACUUAGCUGCUCAGCUGGGCAGCUCUAUCUCUGGGCCUUCCUGCCAAAAUCUGGCGCUGAGAACAAAGGAAUACUUCAGCUCCUUCUUGUUCUUUAAACACCAAUGACUGUGGGAGAGGGAAAGGCUCAAGGCCAGGGCUCAGCUCCCAGCCUCUAUUUCCUCCCACAGCUGCCGCAUUUGGAGGGGCACCUGCUCAAUGUCCUUGCUGUCCCCAGGGCAGUCUUGAGGCCAGGCUGAAGGCUGCAAUGCUGCUCGCUGGCUGCAAAGACUGGUCACAAGGAUGGGAUUCAGGGAAGUGGCA